GGAAGCGCUGCCGUGUGUCGGCGGGCGGCGGAGGGAGCGCAGCAGUGGCGGCGGCGCUUCGGUGUUCCCGCGGGUCAUGGGGAGUUGACUGCUUUGGAUCCCCACAACCCCAAGAAGAAGCAGGACCUAGACAAACUUUAUGAUCUAAAAGCUAAAGCCCAACAGAUUAUGAACCAGUUUGGCACUUCUACCUUGAUCAACCUCUCCAACUUCUCCUCAAUUAAGCCAGAACCAGCCAGCACCCCCCCGCAGAGCUCCAUGGCCAACAGCACCACUGUGGCAAAGAUGCCAGGAACACCCUGUGGAGGAGGGCGUCUCAGUCCUGAAAGCAACCAGGUUUUAACCAAGAAGAAAUUGCAGGACCUAGUGCGUGAGGUGGAUCCGAACGAGCAGCUGGAUGAAGAUGUGGAAGAAAUGCUGCUACAGAUUGCUGAUGACUUCAUUGAGAGUGUGGUGACAGCUGCCUGCCAGCUUGCACGGCAUCGCAAGUCCAACACCCUGGAAGUGAAAGACGUCCAGUUGCACCUUGAGCGCCAGUGGAACAUGUGGAUCCCAGGCUUUGGUUCUGAAGAAAUCAGGCCCUACAAAAAAGCCUGCACUACAGAAGCUCACAAACAGAGAAUGGCACUGAUCCGCAAAACUACCAAGAAAUAGCUCCUGAGCAGAGCCAGAGACACCAGGACACCUGUCUCUCCACUGAAGCCUCCGUGAUGUCACCUGUGGGAUACUUUUUUAAUGCUUUACAGAAAAGCAUCUAUUUUUUAUUAAUGGUGCAGCAAUAUCUUGACUUGAUGAGGACACCUGCCAAAAACAUUCUAUGCCCUGUUCUUCGAUCCUCCUCAGAGUGCAACAUAUCUCAAACAGAGACUUUUAUUUGUGACUUGAAAGUGGUUUAUCGUACAAGUGAUUAUCCAAGGGACAGAGCAUUUGAUCGUGUGUGGGACAGUAUUAGAAGCAUCUGUAGAGGUUUUUGUUUCCUCCUUCCUGCCCGUAUCUGGUCCAGUACUUUGUAAUGUCAGUGUUUAUAUAAAUACUUGCAUUUGUUUUUCAUGAAUAAAGAAAUUAUUCUAA